UGGGUGGAUGGGUAGACAUAUACCCAAUUCUCCUCCUGCCUUCUGUUCGAGAUAGUGUGGGUGCCCAACUGGUACUGCCUGCGUCUAGCCAGUGUCGGGUAUGACUUGCUCAGUGUUGGACGUGUCAGGACACCGCUCCGUGUAUCCCUCCUGCCCUGACUGGCGCUGCGGCAGCUGCCCUCGGUAAACCGCCCACCUGUGUGCGUCCUGUUCCUCCGUCCCUUGAGACGCCCACACAACCCGUUGAAAGCCUCAUGCAUAGGAGGACGCCGCCGUGUCCCAAAGUCCUUCGCAGGAGCUCAAGGGGAAUUCCAUGUGAUAUUACGAGAUUAUCUUGAAUUGGCAAGCGGGGGUGACAUCGUCGUGCGUGUGUGUGGCACCGUCUGCUCAGGAGAAGGUCGGCGUCUUCUCCCUGAAGGUCACCGUAACAAUAACAGCGACGACAGGUGCACACACAGCAGCAGCAAGUGUUCAGUAUCCGCGCAUCUGCCUUUCCCGAAGAGUGAAUAUCGGAUGGUAAGAGUGAACUUGAGAAGUGUAUACGGUUUCAGUAGUUGUUUCAUAUUUAGAUAGUGUGAAGUGGUGGCACUUAUUCGAGUGCUUUUGGAGCAGAUGCGACACACUUAAUCCCCAAACAAGUGCAGGGCAGGUGCGGCCGAAGGCUUCAACGACGAGGGCCCUUCCUCGGUUGAGAGUAACCGUGUCGCAAGUGUGCGUGCAGGUGCGGGCCACGUGGCGACUGAAGGUCCCCAGAGAGGAGGGGUUCCUCCUUCGGCGAGGCCAUGGUGGUCCAGGGGCGCCCCUCAAAGUGGUGGCCCUUGCUCCUCAGGCACUCAUGAAGGACCCUUUGCUUCUUCAGACGUGGCAUCCUCCUCCUCCUCCUGCUGCUGCUCCUCCUGCUGUUCCUCUGCUGUCUCCUGCUCACCUGAGAGUGGUGUUGGGGUGGCCACACCUGCUGCCUUAGACAGCUCACGAGGACCCGGUGGGCCGGCCCCCCAGGGGCACGAUGCUGGCAGGACCAUGGUGGCCCGCAUGGUGUGGCCCGCCAUGGUCGUCCUCCUUAUUUUGGCCGUGGCUGGACCAUGUCUCACCUUCUAUCUGCUAAUCAAGGACUACUGGGCAGAAGUAUCUUCGCUACGACGGGAUCUGCUCUUCUGCCAGCUGGGCUCAACUGACCUACCUCUGUCGUUCGACUUCGACCUAGACUUUCCUCCGACCACAGGCCUCCCACCUCCAAUGCCCCAAGCACCACAACCUCUAGUCGCCACCACAGCCGCUCCUACGCCCCCUUCAAUCACUGCCCGUUCUACUAAAGGAACCGCAUCACCCGCUACAGAUAUUUCGCCUCCGGUGACUACUGCCGGUACUUCUUCAGAAGAAACGACCACUGAUGCACCCUUGACUGACUUUCCGACAGCGCCCCCAAGUUCGAUAUCCUUCUCCUCUACAACUACUCUACCUUCUUCUACUUCAAGCCAACCAACAACGACAGGAGCGUCUGCCACUGAGAAUCCUUCAACGCUUUCAUCCACAGAACGUCCUUCUCAGGACCCUCCCACGACAACUUCUAUUCCUGCGAGCAGGAACACACUAACGCCCAUUCCUUCUCCCUCUGCACCUUCAGCAAACCCAACGUUUCCAAUUUCACAAGAAGGAUCCCUUAUUAAGCCAACAGAAAAAGGACCGACCAGAGGGCCCUCUUGGGGUUCCUUUAGAUCCGCAAAGGAACAGACUCAAUCUAGAGGACCCAGUGGUUUCCUUGGAGAGUCGACAUCUAGAGGGAGAGGCUGGGUUCCUACCCGACCACCUCGAAGUCUCGACCGAGUUAUGUCCGACGAUGCCCCACAUGCAGCUGAUACAGCUGCUGCCGAUCAGGAAUACGUCGCUUUACUGGAACGUCAACUGAGGGACUUAAGGGCGCGGGUGAAGGCGUGCAGGUCAUGCCUUACGCCACCUCAGAGAACCAGGGCCACAUGCGGCGGAGGUACGGCCUGGAGGGACCAUCGCAAGCGAGAGAGGCAACUGCGGAGCCGUCAAAGAGCACAGAGGAGAGAAAAGCGUCGGCGAAUCAAAGCUCUUCAGAAUAACAACACCACAACUACAACCGAGCCAUCCACAACGACCACGGAGGAAGAAGAGAAUACCAACAAUCCUGUGCAGGCGGAUGUCACUUCGUGGUUCUCGGAAAGCGAUGCCAAAGCUGAGAACCACCGAGCCCGCCAGAACCACCGAAUGAGUACCGACUUCCGGCGAGGGUUCAACCAGAAGAUCUCGAGGAUGGACGAAGCUUUGAUGCAGUUCACGGACACGCAAGCGGCCUUUUGCAAGGAACUCAGAGACAACCUUGGAGGGCGGCUAGAAAAGAGGGGCCAGGAAUUAGGGGCUCUCUCCGAUCAGAUAGCAGCUCUAGUCAGGACGUCGACGAUGCAGAUUAACGAACUUGAAAAGGUGGCCUCCUCACAGUUGUAUUCUAGCCAAGCAAACAUCGAGAAGAGUAUAGCCGUCACGCAGGCUAUAAGGGAUUCGCAGAUCAGAGCGAUUCAGGGCUACCACAAAGAAACCUUUCUGCCAGCUGCUGCGGCAAUAGCGACACUGCUCUCCGACCAAGCGUCAGCGGCGACUUCCAUGGGCGUCGAACUCAUCACUAAGGUUGAGAUGCUGCAAGACAUCUACCUGACCUACGCGACGCAGCAGGCUGACAACUUCCAGAAAGUCUUGGAAGACGUCGAAAUGUUUGCCUCCAAACACACAAACUUAGUCAUGAGGACGAAAGACCACUCAAACCACCUCCACAUCAACACCGAAUCUUUCAUUAGGGAACUACAAACCCGAAUGAACAACGUUGUCAAGGAAUUAGUUCUCAUAAGACUCCAAAGCCAGAAUUUCGUCUCUGUCAGCAACAACACUCACAAUGAUGUCUUCAACAGUCUGAACAAAACCGAAGCAGCGGUCGACAAUUUAUCGGAAGGUCUAAGACAUCGCAUCCUGGCCGCCAAGGAGAAAGAGCAGGAUUUUCGAAAGACAUUCAAGAUGGAGACAAAUCAGAUAAGCGACAAGGUAGAAAGUGGUAUCAGUCAGGCACUAGUGUCCAACCACGCCUCAGUCAGUCAGAUAGAAGAAGCAGAGCUGGACACGCGGGUGUAUGUGGGUUCGGCUGUAGCCGCCUGGAAUGAGCUCUACCAUAACCAGGAAGCCGAGCUAAGAGAGGAGUCUGACAGGCUCACGAACAGCCUGCGUAGUCAUACCCACCAUGCCCAGAACUUCCUCUCUGACCUGCGCAACGCCGCUGAAACCCAUGAACAAGUGUUGGAGGAGCAGAGGAUGGAUUUCCAGCGAUUUGUCCGGAAGAGACAAGACGCCUUGGACAACCAGUGUUCAGCCAUUACUGACUGGGCAAUGCUCAUGUCUUCGGAGCUGCGAAGGCGAGACGAGGAUCUCCACAGGUUCCUGAACGAGGAUCUCCAGUACACAACACUGACGGUGCACGAGGACACAGACGGUUACCUGGUGUCGAGGCUUCCAGACGGAUCCCUGGUGUACCAAUCGUCUCCUGCCCACGCUGCCCACCCACCACCCAAUGUAACGUACCAGUUAGACGAGACUGUUUAUAGCACUGGGCCAGCCUCAUCUACGUCACAUUCUAGUCCCCAAAAACCUCAGUUGGAAAAGACGGUAGUCAAAUCUGUAAAUAGCAAACACAGUAGUCUUAGGGAAAGCAUCAACCUUAGCAAGAAAGACAACGCCGCCGAUAACACCAUCGUCUCCGUCAACACCACCACCAGUGGCAAUGAGACUUCCAGCAGAGGAGGAGGAGGAGAACAAUUGGUUCGGGUGACGGCGGAAGACGAGCAGGAGGAGAAGCAACUGCCGGAGGACAGCUGGAAACUGACGGAGAAGUACGACGUCCUAGAGGAGCAGAAUAACAGGAUCGCCGAUAUCUUUGGAGACGGACGACCGGAGCAGAUCGAUUUCAGCCACCACAGCAAGACGACACGGAGCGAGGGCUCCUCACUUCAGGAAAUCAAGGCUAUAAACGACGACGACGUCAAAACGACAACAGAGAGAAGUGUCAAAGGUUCUUACGUCGUCAAUCUAACUGACGCAUAUUCAAAAAGUGACGGACUGACAAACGCUUCCUCAGUAAUGGCGACUCUCUAUGAUGACCAACCGAAAAAUGGAGAACUGGACAGUAAUGCAACGGAUAGUAGAGGUGCCGUGCUCAAGAGGAGACGAGGAGAACUCAGGGGCUCGGAAAGCAGACAAAAUGAUGGUACUUACGAGUCUCAAGGAGGAGUGAGUACCUGCGGAGGAAUGAACCUUCUAUUUUCGAAAGAUGGACAGACAACGUCAGUGUCAGGAAAGGGGGCAGCGAACGAGAAAUUCUACGAUGAUGACGACGAGGGAAUAAAGAAGCUGAGAAAAAUUCUACAAGAAGCCCAAAAAACCAUCGAGAAAUUCCAGAUGGACUUCCAUAUCGAUGACAGCUUCCGCAAGAACAAGCCUCCGUUGAGGUUGUGGGAGAGACUCAAAAACGAAAAAGACAUCGAUGAAGAUGGUGACCCAGAUAAACCCAAAAGUGAAUCAUCAAAUGGUACCUCAGUACAUAACGACUCGUACAAAAUAAUGAAUACAAGUAUUGGGAGCAUCGAAAACGAGCCUCAAGACCAAGUUUUAAAACAUAGCAACGAAACUUCGGCUAUAUCAGGGCACCACCAUAAAAUACGUCACCAGCAUCAUCAUAAAUUACACAGACAAACAGAAGAAAGUUCAUUGAGGCCCGUGAACAAAACGGUACCAGAGCAAGAAAGAUUAUCUUCUGAUUCGGCAUCAGAGGUGCCAAACACAACUACCUCUUUACCCGCAGAACUACUAGACGGUCCAUCCACCCUGGGCUCAACUGAAUUCACUGAAGCUUCUCCAAGUCAAAAUAACUCUACAGCGAUGUCACCAGUACAUGCAGAGGAUGGUAUCGUAAAUGAAAACUGGGACAACAACAUAAAAGAAGACGCUGAUCUCGAAAAGGGAGCAUCCAUCACGUCGUUAAAGCAAAAAGAAAACAUCCAGGUGCGAGAAAAUGGCACAAGCAUAUACGAUUAAACGCGUUCUGCAGAAUAGUUAACUAUCAAAGUUAAUUUCAUCCUUAGCUCAUUGGUGACUUAAACAUUUCAAGGACGUCUAUCUCAUAUAAACAUCAACCAAAAGAUAUAAUUUCAAUCAACAUAUAAGCUAUUUUUACAGAUAAGAUUUAACUGCCAAUACUUUCGAGGAAAGAAUGAUAGUUAAAAAGUAAAGGCCUCUAGCACAUCCUCGAUCCAAGCAUAUACACGAAAUCUAAAUGAUAAUUCAAUCAUUUCUUCAGUUUCAGGAUUGCCAUUCAGCAAAUUAAGAACCGGGCGCAACUAAAUGUUGGUAAUAAUGACAAAUCUGAAAAAUGUUUUGCGUCAUGCAAGCAGUAAUUGUUUUCGAUUUUUGCGUUUGAACCAGGAAAUAAGAUUACAAAUCACUGCAACAGUCAUGAGAAAGAAAGUCCAAAUCUCUGCAGCAAUCAUGAGGAAGAAAGUCCAAAUCUCUGCAGCAAUCAUGAGGAAGAAAGUCCAAAUCACUGCAGCAAUCAUGAGGAAGAA